CCACAAUCGCCAGAAGGGCAGAGAACACAGCAAUGAUCCCUCGUAUACCUCGUCACAACUGGGAUAGGCGGCUCCUGCGGGCUCUAUUGGAGUCAGAGAGCAUCUUCGCCGCCUGCCAACCCCGCACCUUCUUCAGCUCGCUCUCCGCGACAGGCGCUCGACGGUCUGCCCAAACUCGCAUAAAAUCGUUACCAAGCGGGACACGAUGCUCUGGGGGGUCACACCGGCACCUCAGCACUUAUGCACCUUCAGCGCAACAACCGCCACAGCAGUCGAGGAAGCGAACGCAUAUGUGCGGACACGUUGAUGUCUCCCACGUUGGGCAGCGGGUGGUUCUGUGUGGAUGGGCAUUAUCCGCGCGAAAGGCAGGGAAAGAUCUGGUCUUCGUACCGCUUCGAGACGCGACGGGCAUCUCCCAGCUAGUCUACGAAGACCCGCACAGUUCUUCGUCCCACUCCGCUGAAGCGCGAGAGAGUAUCAGGGACGCGCUUCUGUCCAUCACUCCAGAGUCUGUCGUGCGCGUGUCCGGCAUCGUAAGAAAACGGCCCACGGAGGCCGUGAAGAAGGACCAGUGCGGAGGCGAGGUGGAAAUUGUUCUCGAAGGUUUUGAAGUCCUGAACGCUGCAGACCCAUUACCAUUCUCGACGGCGGCGCGAGCCAAGCUGCCGUCUGAGGAAGUGCGACUCAAAUACCGCUACGUGGAUCUCAGGCGGUCACAACUGCAGGACAAUCUCCGCAAACGGGCGCUCGCUGCACAUACGGCCCGCAACUACCUUCAAGUCCAGCGCUUCGUAGAGGUUGAAACACCCCUUCUUUUCAAAUCCACGCCAGAAGGGGCACGCGAGUUCCUGGUCCCCACGCGACACCCAGGGCAAUUCUACGCCUUGCCGCAAUCGCCACAGCAGUACAAGCAGGUUCUGAUGUCUGCCGGGCUGGACCGCUACUACCAGAUUGCAAAGUGUUUCAGAGACGAAAGCCUCGGUGCAGACCGACAACCUGAGUUCACGCAGAUCGAUGUUGAGCUUAGCUUUGCGGAGAUGGAGGACGUGAUGGAGGUCAUGGAAGGCUUGGUCAAGCAGAUCUUCAACGCGGUGAUCGGGUGGAAGACUGAUGGGCCGUUUCCGAGGAUAACGUACGAGCAAGCGAUGCGUUCAUACGGGUCAGACAAGCCGGAUGUACGAUACGGCAUGAAGAUCUGUAACGUCUCCGAGGCGGUUGGCCACGUGUCGGAUGACGGGACUGUGGUGGAGGCGUUUUGCGUGAAAGGCGGCGCAAAUAAAAUCAGCAAUAAGGCAUUUGAGAAGAUCAAGGAGGUCAUUUUGACCGAGGCCUUCCCGUUGUUGGGAGGGAAAGUGGAUCCCAAAGACCUGUAUCCUAUUCGCGUUUCUGGCGAGGCUGGUUGGACUGGCAAACUAGGCUUUGGCCUGGAAGUUUCGCCGGCGGGAAAGCAGCAAAUAGAAGCAGAAAUGGGACGUGUGGAAGAAGGCGAUCUGGUGGUUGUUAACCGCAGAUUAAACGGAUACCUCGGGCCGCAUACCAUCGCAGGCCGCAUGAGACUCCAUAUCAUCAAGCACUUGCUGAGCACCGGCGCCCUCUCACCCGACAACGAGUACAACUUCCUGUGGGUGCAUUCCUUCCCGCUCUUUACCCCUACUACGCAUCCUGCACGUAUCCCCGCCGGCACCGAAGCCACGUACGAAGCUACACAUCACCCUUUCACCGCGCCGUUACUGCCGUCACCGCCAUCCACCACCUCGCCGUCACCCACAACACAGCACGACUCGCUCUUCACCUCCCCCGGCGACGCCCUAGGUCAGCACUAUGACCUAGUAGUUAACGGCCAAGAAAUCGGCGGCGGGUCCGUGCGGGUCCACGACCCGCACCUCCAGCGUCGUAUCUUUUCUGAGAUCCUUCACAUGACCCCUGAGCGCGUCGCAGCCGAUUUCAACCACCUCCUCGACGCUCUCCGCUUUGGCUGCCCACCGCACGCGGGGAUGGCGAUUGGGUUUGAUCGCAUGGUUGCGAUCUUGUGUGGGGCAAGUUCCAUCAGAGAUGUUAUUGCGUUUCCAAAGUUGAGUGGAGGGGAUUUGUUUGUUGGGAGCCCUGCGGGGGUUUCGGGACAGGCAUUAAAGGAGUAUCAUUUGAAGGUUGUAGAAUAGAUCCGGGUGGGGUUGCUCCUGUAAGGUCCCCUUGCGCUCUCGUAGAUACUCUAGAAUAGGUAUUAGAUAUUCUUCUGAGCUAAAAGACUACUAGCGGCGUCUGACCCUGAUUCAUGUGUCUUUUUGAACACCUACCGCCUAAUGCUCAUCAUAUUCGGCAUGUCCAAACUCUCCGUGAUCCAGAGUCAAACGCUGUGCUCGUCGCGAGGUGCUCGUUGGGUCGUCAAGCAUGUAACCCAACCCAAAGACCGACACUCCCGAAUGACCUCCUCAACAAGUUCCCCUAAGCCCAUCACCAGCCUGCGCGGCCACUCGGCUCCAGUGCUAUGCCUCGCCACACUGCCUGCCGACCCAACUACCCUCGCGUCAGGCGCAGAGGAUGGCACCGCGCGGAUAUGG